GCACUCUGUUCCACAAGUGCCGCGCGCUCGCUGCUCCGGAGCGGAGCGGAGUGGAGCGGGGCCGGGCUGCGGACCCGGAGCGGGGCUGCGGACCCUGCCCGGCCCGUUCGGGGCUGUCCGUGGUGCUGGAGGCGAGCGCGGGCUGAGCGGGCGCCCGGCCCCUGACGGAGCCCCUUUAUGUUCAGCUCCUGGCGCAGCGCAGCAUCCAGCAGCUCGAGCGGCGGCGGCAGCAGCAUCGCUGAGCCGGGGCUGGGAGGCAGAAUGGAAGGCUUUAUUCGGCUGCUCUUCGGCUACUUGGUGGCAGACCUUCUCACGCUGGUGUGUCGGGCUCAGGAGAAAGCUGGCCAGCAGCUGGGGAGCUUUGUGGUGCUCUCGGGAGGAAACCACUCCAGCCUCGGGGAACAGAUAGACCCCUCCGAGCCACCUCCCACACCAGACUUCUGCAGGGGCUACUUUGACGUGAUGGGGCAGUGGGAUCCCCCCUUUAACUGCAGCUCGGGAGAGUUCAUCUUCUGCUGUGGCACUUGUGGCUUCAGGUUUUGCUGCAAGUUCAAGAAGACAAGGCUGGAUCAAAGCACCUGCACAAACUAUGAGACGCCGUUGUGGAUGAACACUGGGAAGCCUCCUUCCCGCAUAGACGACCCUCUGCAUGACCCUACCCGGGAUAAAACCAACCUUAUUGUCUACAUCAUCUGUGGGGUUGUAGCAGUCAUGGUACUGGUGGGGAUCUUCACCAAACUAGGGCUGGAGAAGGCGCACAGACCCCAGCGGGAGCACAUGUCCAGGGCUCUUGCUGAUGUUAUGCGACCUCAAGGUCCUUGUACAACAGAUCAUAUGGAAAGAGAUCUAAACAUUGUAGUACAUGUGCAGCAUUAUGAAAACAUGGAGACAAGACCUCCUCCAAAUAACUUACAUCCACCACAGAUGAAUAAUGUCAUGCCAACAUCUCCCCUCCUUCCUCAGAUGGCACAUCAACAUUCAUAUCCCAGCCUGGGACAGAUCACAAACCCAUACGAGCAGCAGCCCCCAGGCAAAGAGCUGAACAAGUACGCGUCUCUAAAGGCAGUCGCUGACAAAGUCAACGAUGACUUCUACACCAAGCGCCGCCACCUGGCCGAGCUGGCUGCCAAGGGGAGCCUGCCCCUGCACCCGGUGCGCCUGGACGAGGAGAGGGCCUACACCAUCGACAGCGGGCUCACCAGGCAGAACGGGAAAUCCAGGAUGGGCAAGAUACACACACACCCCCUGGGCUACAACUCCCACUACAAGACCUGGGAUCCCAACGACCCGUCCCUGAGGCGGCAAGCGUUCACCAACAAGGGCAAGCACGGCAUGGGAGACCCGACGCUAAGUGACCCGCUGACCACCCGGAGCCAGCACUACUUGGGCCCACAGCCAUACUUCAUAACCAACAGCAAGACUGAAGUAACUGUUUGAGUUUGUUUUCUUUCUCUAUUUUUUUUCUUUUCUAAUGAAAUCCUUUAAAAAAAACCCACAUGCAAAUCUAUUCACAACACAAACACUCAACUGAAAGGCAAAAAAAAAAAAAAAACCCAAACAAAGAAAAAUAAACAAACAAAAAAAACCCAAAAAAUUAAAAAAAAAAAAAAAAAAAAAAAAAAAAGAAAAAAAAGAAAAAAAAAGAGGAAAUGGAAGGAAGGAACUUCCACCUGGACACUCUUGGUAUCUAGCCAGCUGUAGGCCGAAGAGUGGGUUAAUACCAUUCAGCAAUACACACUGAAGGUUGAAUUAUAAACUCCAUUUGUAUUUCACAAUGGAACACAAACCCUUGUGACUAAAUUUUUUUACUUGAAACUAAAAUCCAUGAUGAGAAGUAGCACAAUUUAGAGAAACUUUAUGUCUGCUUAAACAUACACUAUGUUCCUGCCUUGAGACAGAGGAAGAGAGAGAGAACAAUAUACUGUAAUAUAUUAUUUCAGAGAGGAAUUUUGUAUAAAACUUAUUAAUAAUCACUAGACCUGUGAAAAACCGAGAGCAAACAUCUUGGUAUGAUCCCUAACAUCUAUUAUUGUACUUUCACAUCAUCCUAUAGAGAACGCAAAAAAAUAUAUAUACAAUAAGGGGCAAAGACACUUUCACAUGGAAUUUAUGAAGACUGUUAUGAUUUAGUGCAUAUGAGACCUUUCUGGCUGGUAGAGAAUUCUGCAGGAUGAUAACAGCAGAAGAAUUCAUUUCAGUUUACUUCGCUUGAGUUGAAAUUUUUGGGAAUCUCCAAAAUAAGAAGAGAGACUUCAUAUGACACAGAAAGCUGCUGGGGGAAAAGGGCAUCAGAAUAUUCCCUCUCAGUCCUCCUGUUUUCAGGCAGAUGGUAACAAUUCUCACUUUGCAGACUGUCAGGAUUUUUUCUUCACCUAAAUGUUUUGCCUAUCUUCAACUGCUUCAGACUGAAGUUAAGCGUGGGUGGUGCCUUUACUGUAUUACUAUUGUUCAAAUGACAGUCUUGUUCUUCAAAGUGACCCCUCUGUUCCUUUAAGCUAGUUCCUCAUGUUUUGCUAAGGAUGACAAGGGUUCUGCCCUGCUCAGCCUCCUCUGUUUGUUCCAAAAGGAAACUGGACUACAUCUCCAUGCAAUGGUUGCACAGUCAAGACUAUUUUAGUUAGCCCCUUCAUUUACCCAGUUUCAACUUUUCCCCUCUAGUCUCUCAUUUUGUAUUUGCUUUUAGCCAUGGUAGUUCUCUGUAGUUCAAGUAAAUGUUAUCUGGUAUAUUGUCUCUCUAUCUGGUAUAUUGGCUUUCUCUAGUGGCAUUCCCUCUUGGUGGGCUGUGUGGUGGAAGAGGCUGGUCCAGCAUCAAGCAUCAGAGAUCUGGGGUUUAACUAAACAAACAAUUGGACUCAUGGUCUUGACUGUGGUUCUGAUGAGCAGGAUGCCUUGUUUGUGUGAGUAAAAUCACUCCUGAACUGGGGACUGGUAACAAACUCACAGUCCUGGACCUGUAAAUGCUUUGACACAUCCACAAAGAGACAGAGUUGGGAUGAGGUGGCAGGCAAUGCAUUCAGUCUUUCAGUAAAUUCCUGCCCUUCCCCCAGCAUAAGUCACUUGGCUAAAUCCCAACUAGCUGUCCUACUACAGUUGCAUUCUCACCAGCUGUCAAUUUUUCAGGAGAUUAGUUUUGGAAGAGUAUUCAGGGAGGAGUGAGAACUGUUACGUUGUAAGAAGAAUUGCAAGUGGCAUUCUUACUGUACUCAACUGACUGUCAGUGCUUCUGCUUAGUCAAGGAUGCAAGGGCUAAGAUUUUGAAAUCUAGCUAAAUGGAGAUACCAUUUUUUUUUAGCUAUAUCAAGAUUGAUUUGCAUCCUGAGAGCAUCGGUAUCUCUCCAUAAGCGUGCUGCUAAAUUUUCUGAUCAUAUGUUUUAAGACUAUCAGAAGUGGACAAAGCCCACAAGACAAAUACUUUGCACACAACCCAGACUCUCCACUAUCUUACUUUUAUUCCCUUAAUCUUUAUUGCCUUCACAACUGGCUGACUUAAUUUGACCCUUUAUGGAAUGUUGCUGUUAAUCCAUAUGCUUUAGAUACACAUUACAGCUGCACUCUAAUUCACACAGGUUUCGUGUAACUUGAGCAUAUUUUAUGUGGAAAUAUUUUAGUAACUGUAUGUUCUGUAAAGUAAACCCGUGUUAAUACUUGUUAACUACAGAGUUUAUGAUACCAAUAAUACUUCCUACAAUAAAAUGUUUGUUUGUUUUUUAAGAAUGUUUAUUUGUAAACAUAUGUAUUCACUAUAUUACUAUGAAUUUCUUACCU